UGUGGGGCAGAGUGGGCGGAGAAAGACUCUGUGGCCGAGGGGUACGAUUGCGAACUGCCUUCAUGAGACCCCGCGAAAAAAAAAGCUUGCUUCGGACUAACCGCGCUAAGACCGAUCGGAGUCGGCUGACUCAUAGGCAGCGGGUCGGAAAUUCAGUCUGAGCAGGGCCACGGUUCAAGUUCCUACCAGGCCGCUUUUACCAUGCAUCGUUUUUUUUCCCUUCAAGUGUAAUUAAUUAAAGAUCUUCAAGAGAGGACGAAAUUGAGAGAAAGAGACUCGAGGUAAAUCGGACCUACCAAAAGAAGGGAGUCUAAAUCUGCAAUAAGAUAAAACGCAGUAGAACAUUAGGGUUAGAUGGGUUUGUAUGCUCCGUGACGGAAAUAUGCUUCUAGCAGGUCCCAAAUCAUAGGUACAUCAGGUACCUCUUGAACCCAAAUUUCCAGUAAGGUUGUCGUCACACCACCGGCUCCCAUUCCUACCUGGUACAUGUAUUUUCUGCCGUUCACUCUCCUCCCUACCUCUUUCAUAAGAAGCUCGUACCUUGAGCACACUGCCCGACGUCAACUUGAUGCAGCCAUCUCCACCGAUGGACGGCCUCGAAGAAUUUGAGAAGGCCCUUGCCGCAGAGAAAUCCGAGAAGGAGCGCGCGGACCGCACCUCAGAAGACAAGAGACAUCGAAAACACAGACAUCACCAUCGACGAGAUCCAUCUACGGAGCGAGACCGCGACCGCGACGGUCACCAUCAGAGUCGCCGCAGAUCACGAAAUCGGCGCGAAGACGGCGACAACGACGGCCACCGGCAAAAGAGAUCGCGCCAUUCCCGAGACGAUGAGCACGGAGAACGCCACCACGGCCGCGAGGACCGCAGAGACGAGCGCGAUUCGGACAGACGCGCUCGACACGCGAAGGCCUCAGACGCUAAGGAAGAUCUACCAUUGCCCAACGAGGAGCAGACGCCCACGGGAGAGUCGAGCAGGUCGUCCGGCGUUGAUAAAAAGCUGGUCCGAGAUUCCUGGAUGACAGAUCCAUCUGCGUUAGAUAUCGACUACACUCAGAAAGGUUCCAGGCCGUCUAAACCCCCGCCGCCGUCGGAUCCGGCACCACAGAGGGAGAUUCACAAGCGGGAGAUCAACGCCGUUCAGCUGCAAGAAUUGAACAGCGGGAAAUCACUCGACGAACUCGAGCUACCAGCCCAGCAUAACGUCGACUACACAUUCGGCGACAGCGGAUCGCAAUGGCGCAUGACAAAACUCAAUGGGGUGUACAACACAGCCGAACAGGCUGGGCGACCCGUCGAUGAAGUAGCCUUGGAACGGUACGGAAACCUGCGAGACUUUGACGACGCUCGCGAGGAGAAGAUUGAGAUGGAUCGACGUAAGCUCUACGGGCGGGACUAUGUUGGCAAGGAGAAGCCCAGCGGAGAACUGUUUCAGGAGAGGAAAUUGAGCGAAGGCGUUCAUGAGAAGCGUCAGGCCCCACCAGAGCCAAUUACCUUGGAGCAGGGCACCGUAAUUCCCAACGACGCAUCCGCCCGUGCAGCUGCUCAGCUCGACCAGACGGCACUAAACCGAUUAAAGGCCCAGAUGAUGAAAGCGAAGCUCAAGAAAGCACCGGAUGCAGCCAAGUUAGAGGCGGAGUAUAACCAGGCGGUCGCAACUGUUGCAUCCCGGGGCCCCGAGGCGGUAGUGCUCAACGUCAUGGAGAAUCGCAUGCUAGCGGGGACGCGCGGGGAGGCCAAGUCCGUCGAUACGAAGCGCGGCCGCGAGAGGGGACACGUGGAACAGAACGACGACAUGACGAUUGAGGACAUGGUCCGAGAAGAGCGGCGGACACGCGGUCAGAUGGGCGGGGACGGAUUACGGCUGGCCGAACGGAUUGCGAAGGACGCCAAAUUCGACAACGACUUGGAAUACAUGGACGAGAACGCGGAGAAGCUGGCCAAGCGGGUGCAGAAAUCCGAGAUAAAUCUCAAGAACACGGCGGUAAACGAGUUUCAGAAGAUCAACAAGAUCCUCGACAACUGCCAACUAUGCCAUCACGAGGACCGCAACCAACCGCCGAUCGCGCCCGUCGUCUCGCUAGCAACGCGGGUCUACCUGACGCUACCUACGCAACCGGAGCUAAGCGAGGGCGGGGCCGUGAUCGUGCCGGUGCAGCACCGGACCAACCUACUGGAGUGCGACGACGACGAAUGGGAGGAGAUCCGCAACUUCAUGAAGUGCCUGACGCGGAUGUACCACGACCAGGGCCGGGAGGUGAUAUUCUACGAGAACGCGGCGACCCCGCACCGGCACCUGCACGCGGCGAUGCAGGCGGUGCCGAUCCCGUACUCGCUCGGGGACACGGCGCCGGCGUUCUUCAAGGAGGCGAUGCUAACGACGGACGAGGAGUGGACGCAGCACAAGAAGGUGAUCGACACGGGGGCGCGAGCGCGCGAGGGGCUGGGCAAGCUGGCGUUCCGGCGCUCGAUAGCCAAGGAGGCGCCGUACUUCCACGCGUGGUUCAGCCUCGACGGGGGACUGGGCCACGUGGUCGAGGACACCAACCGAUGGCCACGAGGAGACCUGUUCGCGCGAGAGAUCCUGGGCGGGAUGAUGGACGUCGGGCCGGAUGUGAUCAAGAAGCAGGGACGGUGGCACAAGUCGGACACGCGAGUCGAGGGGUUCCGGAAGCGCUGGAGGAAGUUCGACUGGACGAGAGUGCUCACUGACGCGUAAUGGCGCGCGGCGGGAUGUUAAUAUCAGCCAUUAUUACCCUACCAUGCAGGGGGACCUAGCCUUGGAUAGAUAGAUGGGGUAGGUCUGCCGAGCGCGUAGAGUAUAUAGCUCGAGAAGAAUAAAUGUGGCUAGCUACGGAAGACGGGCCAAACAGCAUCCGAGAGGAAGAAAGGAGCGGUGAUUGAUUCGAUUCUCUCGGUUACCUAGGUAGUCGACCUCCCAUCUUAACCAAGAAAGGACCUGCGCACGCGGGGUGGAAAUUUGCCUUGCACAGGGACAACCCGCUGCAGGCAAUCCGAAUCAGGCAACUAUCCACCAAUGAGAUGGGGUGGUGUCGACUUAGCCGUAAUGAAGCAGGAGACCUGCCGGCGCAGGAUGCAGAAUCGCGGCCAGGCCCCGACGCGGUUCUCGUUGCCGAAGGGGGAGGUGAUAGGUUGUACGUAGGUAGCAUGUGCGCAGGGGAUACGUGAAGAGAGGUCGUAUUUGCGGCGGCUCCGGCGGCACGCCAACUAGCCCUCGUACUACGGGUAUGGGUGAAUAAUGAGGAUCGUUUUGCGAGUGUAGGUACUCAUAGGUGGCCGUGACACCUGCAACGGCUCUGAUACCUGGAACACGAACAGCUGUAACAUGUAACAGCUCGACGUGGAGGCGAUCG